AUGAGCGCCGAUAAUAUACCAACCGCAGCACUCUGGGGUCCAGAUUUGAUGUCAAAAUUCGCCGUUCGCGUAGACGCAGCGGUCUCAGCUCUCGGCGGCGGCGGCGCUGGCGGUCUUGAUGAAAACGAUUUUAUCGACGCUUCAAGACUCGUUUAUGAUGCUGUCAGGGAGAUUCGACGCGCCGUGCUGAUGAACAGGACGAGCGACGACCUGGACACAGACACGGAGUUCGAGCCGGUUGAGGACAUGACCAUGGAGACCAGGAGCCGAUCAAGCGCUCAUACCGGUGAACAUGGAGUCGACGAGUACCCCGACAUCAGCGGUAUUACUAACGCCAGGGAAGCCAUGCGCAAAAUGACGGAGGAGGACAAACGCAAGAUCCUGCAACAGGUGGAGCUGUUCCGUCGUGAAAAAAUGACAUUCGACAACGAAGUGGCGAAGUGGGACGAUGCUGGUAACGACAUAAUCAUGCUCGCCAAGCACAUGUGCAUGAUCAUGCUCGAGAUGACUGAUUUUACCAGAGGCCGUGGCCCUCUGAAGACCACGAUGGACGUCAUCAACGCGGCCAAGAAGAUCUCCGAAGCCGGAACCAAGCUCGAUAAGCUUACAAGGGAGAUUGCUGAACAGUGCCCAGAAUCGUCUACCAAGCAAGAUUUGCUGGCGUACCUGCAACGCAUCGCUCUCUACUGCCACCAGAUCCAAAUCACUAGCAAAGUGAAGGCAGAUGUGCAGAACAUUUCCGGAGAACUUAUUGUUAGCGGGCUGGAUAGUGCAACCUCGCUGAUCCAAGCAGCAAAGAACUUAAUGAACGCCGUUGUUCUGACGGUUAAGGCUUCCUACGUUGCAUCUACCAAGUACACCAGACAAGGAACUAUAGCUUCCCCCAUCGUAGUGUGGCGCAUGAAAGCCCCCGAGAAGAAGCCCUUGAUCCGCCCGGAGAAACCUGAGGAGGUUCGCGCGAAAGUGCGUCGCGGCAGUCAGAAGAAGCAGCCCUCGCCUGUGCACGCGCUGGCCGAGUUCCAGAGCCCGGCCGACGCCGUCUAGGGACGUUCGUCAGCGCACGCUGAAAAAACUAAAUGACACUAAUUUCUUAUGUAAAAAACGUAUUGACCACCGAUAUUCGUUUUGAAUUCUAUUUCGCGUUGAUUAGUAAAAAAACCGCUCAUACAUUAAUAUACUAGAAAUUAUAUUUUGAUUUUUGCCUUAAUAUGAUAUUUUAAUAAGAAAAAAAUAAUAAUUGGAUGCUGAAAAUCAAUAACAUGAUCAUAGUUUUGACAAAAUGGCGCGUAGAUUUUUUUUCGUGGUUCGGUUAAUAGAUUUGUGUCAUCUGUUUAUUUUUUCAAUAUUUGGAUGUUUCAAAUCGCUUUGUUCGCAACGAGACGACAACGUACAAUUUGACAUUAAAAUAUCAAUAUUCCAGUUUUUGCAGCUUAGCACGUUUAUUGCUUAUCAACAUCCAAUUGUAAUAAGCCAAAAAAUGUCUUAAAAUUUGACUGAAGUUCAAUUUUCAUCAAUAUAAAGGAAUUGCAAAGAAACCUUUAUUUGAACAACAAUAAUUAUGUUGAAUAAGUAAGUUGUCAAACUUUAUAAUAAGGAAAGUGUGUUUUCAAUUUUGUCGUCCAAUUAGACACCCUAUGGCAACGGCGGAGGGUCAAUAUUUGAAUAUAAAUGACUUA